UUCCGGCAGAGUUCCGUGCGGAAAAAAAGCGGCAGCCUUUCUUAUGCUAAUGAAGCGCGGGAGAUUGAAAUCCCCGCGUCAUUAGCAGUUGCGAUACGUCUAAUGUACAUCCCUUUUACAGACGUAGCCUUCCAGUCCUAGUAUUCUAUGAUUCUAUGAUGGGCUUCCCUGUCAUUUCAUUUCUAUGAUGGGCUUCCCGCUGCUCUCCAGGGCUGGUAUCUUUUUAUUUGGACUGGUAUAUGAUGGAACAAUACUUUUCCUCUGUCGUUGAGCUUCGUAUGUUCUAUUGAAUAUGAUGUCUACCGGAAAAGCUCUGUUAUCCAGCACAAUGGGGAGGGGGGUGCCGGUUAACCGAAUAUUCUGGUUAACAGAGAGUUAUGCAGGACUGACGGCAUACCAAUUUUGAACCAAUUAGAAUGCAAUCCUAUAAACAAAAUAUGAACUAGCCAAUGGGCACUUGUCCAUCAGUAGCAGCGCUGCCUUGCCGAGUGAUAGGUUUUCGGAAGCUCUUAGCUGCAUAUGAUAAAGUUUUCUACACAGCAGGUCGGAAGAGACCAUCUCCCAGACUAUCUGCCCACUGCCCCGUCUCCCUCUUUAUCCCUCUCACCGGGUUCUCUCUCCCAGGUUUGGCCUCCACCGACAUCACCAUGGAUCUCUGGCUCGCAGGGCACUGCUGGACGAGAUGGGCAUGCAGCUGUCUUCUUCUCCUGCUGCUCUCCAGGGCUGGUUUCUCCACCCCAUGCCAGCUUGACCCGCCAGGUCCCUCUCUGCUGUCCCUUCUAGGUGCUGGCAAUUGCUCCCACGCCCACUGCUCUGUGGCCAGCGGUGGCUUCUUGCACCUACAGCUCCCAUCUCCCCGGCCCCCCACAGUGGACCUUUACAAGUGGCACAAUGCCUCACGGACUUGGGACCAUGCCUACAGCUUCUUCAACGAGACAGCACAACAGCUGCUGGAUUUCUUCCAGGGCCGGGUCUCCCUGUCCGGGGGCAACUUCGCGGCACAGAACGUGAGCCAUGAAGAUGAGGGAGACUACAAGUUUCAAGAUCUGGAUGGGAAGUGCCUGGCCUGGCUCCAUCUGACCGUGCUGGAUCCCGUAGAUCCCACAGAUCCGGCAGAUCCUGUGACCUGGAGAUGGUACCUGCUUUUCAUCCUGCUUCUCAUUCCAGUGGUGCUAGCUGUAGUGGCCUGGAAGCUAAAGUACGUGAUUUGCCGAAGAUGGCCGGGGGCGCCCAAGAAGACAGAAACAGAGGAGGCUACGAAUGGGCCGAGCAACCCCCCAAAUCAGUCACAGGAGGGGGGACACAGAGGGCCACCCCCAAUACCCUUAACUAUCCAUACGCCUGACGGCUCGCCUCCGUAGGAAUCCUACCUGGCUAACGCACACAUUGGAAACCACAGCAGUGCAGAGUCACAUGCUCCCAGUAGAGAGAAGACAAUUGCAUUAUGGGUGGCUAGCCCAGGUGCCCUGUGGCCCACUGAAUUCUGGGUAUUUUUUGCACUAGAACAGGUGUGGCCAACCCUGUGGAUCCAAAAUGGCAGCCAUGGACGGGAGACUGCUAAAAAGCCUUCUUAAAGGGCUAGUCUUUUUUUUUUUUUUUUUUUGUUCAACAGCUGGAUCCACUAAUAUCUUGGCACUUUGGCCAUCCCUGCACUAGACUGUGGGAUAGUUCUUGGGAGUCUUUGUGAGAAGAGGGAUCAAAGGGUCAUAAUGUUCUCCCCCACGUGUCAAGCCAAAAUACCACCCGGUGGGGAUAUUGACUCUGAACCCUAGCGAUGACACUUUGACAUGGAUUCAUGGAGGUUGGGUCCAUCAAUGGCUAUUAGCCAGGGUGGGUAGGAAUGGUGUCCCCAGGCUCUGUUUGUCUGGAAAUGGGUGACAGAGGAAGGAUCACAUGAGGAUUAUCUGUUGUGUUCCCUCCCUCUGGGGCAUCUGGUAUUGGCCACUGUCGGCAGACAGGAUACAGGGCUAGAUGGACCUUUGGUCUGACCCAGUACGGCCGUUCUUAUGUUCUCAUGAGUCUUGUUCUUACAAGACUGUAGUCUAUCCCUAAAUUGGCCACAGACUCCCACGGGUUGUCACUGCGCUGCUCCAUGCCUCAGUUUCCCCUUCUGAAAAGUGAGGCUAAUACGCCUGUCCUGUAUUGAGAUCAGAAACCUUUCCCGGUAAAGACUGUGAGUAAGGUUAUACGGCAUCUGGUACAAUGGCUGAGCUUGGCUGGAAUGACUGUAAAUGUACAUAAUAAGGAAGAGAGAAAACGGGAGUCAGAGAAGAUGCAAACUGACCCUAUGUGACCACGUGAUGCAGCUGUCCCGCUGCCCUGGUCAGACCAGCCUGGGGUGCAAAGCACUUUAAAGGGGGCGCUUUAAAGGCAACAUGUAUUUAUUAUGCAUUAAGGAAUAAAAAAAGUCUGUGUC